AUGGAAUUGAUUCAAGGUGCUGGUCGUGAACAAUUCACACAUAUUAGAAGCUAUGGUGAGGAGUUGUUAAAGUCAAAUCCAAACUCCACUGUUAAAAUUAAGUGUGCUGAUUCAGAUGGUGGUCCUGUCUUUGAAAGAAUAUAUGUAUGCUUAGAAGCUUGUAAGGCAGCGUUUGCAGCGACGUGUAGGCCUCUAAUAGGACUGGAUGCUUGUUUUCUUAAAGGGGACUUUGGACGUCAGUUAAUAGGUAUUGUUGGUAAGGAUGGAAAUAACAAGAUUUGUCCAGUCGCUUAUGCCGUAGUGGAAGCUGAAACGAAAGACUCAUGGAAAUAG